AUGGCGACGGUGAGAAUCUGCGUCGUCGGCGACGAGGGAUGUGGUAAGUCGAGCCUUAUCACUUCUCUAGUGAAGGACACCUUCGUCAGCAACAGGAUCCAAGCUGUCUUGCCGCAAAUCACCAUUCCUCCGACAUUGGGAACCCCCGAGAAUGUCACCACCACCAUUGUUGACACGUCCGCCCUCCCACAAGACCGCGCGACUCUGGCCAGAGAGUUGAGGAAGUCGAAUGUCAUCCUGCUCGUCUACUCAGACCAUUACAGUUAUGAACGCGUUGCCCUGUUCUGGCUCCCCUACUUUCGAUCCUUGGGUGUCAACCUCCCGGUGAUACUGUGUGCGACCAAGUCUGACCUCGUCACAACCUCUACUCCGGCGCAGAUAGUCGAGGAGGAAAUGCUGCCGGUCAUGUCAGAGUUCAAAGAGAUUGACUCGUGUAUACGGACUAGUGCUCGUGAUCACUUCAAUGUCAAUGAAGCCUUCUUCCUCUGCCAGAAAGCAGUCACACAUCCAAUCGCUCCAUUGUUUGACGCGAAAGAGUCCCAACUCAAGCCUGCUGCUGUGGCGGCAUUGCUUCGCAUAUUCUAUCUCUGUGACAAGGAUAAAGAUGGCCUCCUCAAUGACAGGGAGAUGGAAGAUUUCCAGCUCAAAUGCUUUGACAAGGGCUUGAGCAACGAGGAUCUGCAACACAUCAAGGAGACCAUCGAUAACCACAUCCCUUCUGCUGCUUCGGCCAAGGGAAUUAGCUCUCAAGGCUUUUUGCUGCUCAACAAGUUGUAUGCCGAGAAAGGCCGCCACGAAACCAUCUGGGUCAUUCUGCGGACUUUUCAGUAUACCGAUAGUCUGUCUCUCCAAGAAUCGUUUCUCCAUCCCAAGUUCGACGUGCCGGAAUAUGCCUCUGCAGAACUGUCUCCAGUGGGUUAUCGCUUCCUGGUCGACCUGUUCCUCACUUCCGAUCGCGAUAAUGACGGUGGUCUGAGGGACGAGGAAUUGGCGUCUCUCUUCGCUCCUACUCCUGGCAUCCCGCAAUCGUGGGUUGACAAUAAUUUCCCUGCCUGCACUGUUCGAAACGAUGCCGGUCACGUCACAUUGCAGGGCUGGCUUGCGCAAUGGUCCAUGACCACCUUCAUUUCACCGAAGACGACGCUGGAGUACCUCGCGUACCUUGGCUUCGAAUCGCCUGAUCGCUCCAAUACCAGUACGACGGCCGCGCUGAAACUGACCAAGCCACGGAAGCGGAGAAGAAAGCCAGGCCGAGUUGGCCGGAACGUUCUACUUGCUCAUGUUCUGGGUGCGCCUCAGUCGGGCAAGUCUGCCUUGCUAGACACACUGAUAGGGCGGCCAUUCAGCAAUCUGUACCAUCCCACAAUUCAGCCGCGAGUAGCGGUGAAUACAGUGGAGCUCCCUGGAGGACGACAAUGCUACCUCAUUCUGAAGGAAUUGGGAGAAUCCGAGGCCGCUGUGCUGGACAACAAGAGCAAAUUGCUCGACCAAUGCGACGUCAUUGUUUACACCUAUGACUCGGCAGACCCAGACUCCUUUGCAUACAUCCCCAACAUUCGCAAGGCUUACCCUCACCUCGAAGAUCUGCCUUCAGUCUACGUUGCACUCAAAGCUGAUCUAGAUCGAACAACGCAAAGAGCCGAGUAUCAACCGGACGAGUAUAUUGCUACGAUCCAGCGGAUGCCCCAGGGUCCUCCUAUUUCUACCAGUGUUACAUGGCCUUCGAUCCAAGAACUGUUCGUUACCAUUGCUGAAGCUGGUCUCGAGCCAGCCACCGCAUACCCACGACCUCUUGAAGACGAGGAUAGUGGCCAGCUAAUGAGAUACGGCUUGGCGCUCGGCGUGGUUGUUUGUGCCGCUGCCGCAGCAGUGGUCGUGUGGAGGCGGUCGGCCAGUGCGGGAGGAUGA